ACAUCAGCAUCAAUGGAUGGAUUGGGCGGGGUACACCGGAGGGCGUUCCCCACCAAAAGGCAGAAGGCAAGAGCACAGACAGAUGAGAGCCUACUGCGUAUAUAUAUGGCACGCGACGCCUCUCGUCUUGCACAAAGCCAAGGGUUUUUGUGAGGAGUGCAAAAGGGUACUCGUCUUCGUCUUCUCUUCUCUUCUCUUCCAUCCUAAUUAGAUGCAUCAUAACUGGCAAUCCCACCUUCUCAUCUGAUUGAAAAACAAAGCAGUUCCGGUUCCAAUCCAACCCACCUGUUUCCCUUCCUUCAAUCCUCCAACAACCCCUUCUUCUUCGUAUCACAUCCAAAUCCAGACCCAAUAGCAUCUCAAACUUGGAAAUCGGAUUCCCCUUUCUCAAGCGAAACACGGUCCCAGGAUGAAUUCAUUUGCCACGAUGCGCCGCAGAGAAGGACUAUAAUGUCCCAAUCCCCGUCGAUUCUUUGCUGUUCCUCGUUUUCUACCGUGGCUUCGGCCACUACAAAAGUUGUUCUAAGACUCUCUAGCUAUCUACGGUUUGUCGUUCUUCCUCUUUCACUGCCUUCUCUGUAUUUCUUCACUUCCAACCAAGGCAAUCAUUUCUUUCUCCGUCUCAUAUCAAUCCUCGCUUUGUCUGCCGCUAUUGUGAUUACGCUUAAUUUCGCCCCCUUUCUCCUGCCUUCAAUUCGUUCACUUAUUGCUCGCUCGUCUCCCAAGUUCUCCUCUAAAACCACUGCCUCGACGCCUCGCCCACCAGUUGUUUGGUCAAUUGGCUCAAAGUCCAAAUCAGAAAAGAUUCCGCUUUCUGGCUAUUGGGUGCAGGUCCAUGACAAUGGUGAUGUGUACGAGGGUGAAUUCCACAAGGGCAAGUGCUCGGGAAGUGGGGUUCAUUACUAUUCCAUGAGUGGGAGGUAUGAAGGAGAUUGGGUUGAUGGUAAGUAUGAUGGCUAUGGCGUGGAGACUUGGGCAAAAGGAAGCCGGUACCGGGGCCAGUACCGGCAGGGUUUAAGGCAUGGGUUUGGGGUGUAUAGAUUUUACACGGGUGAUAUCUAUGCAGGCCAGUGGUGUAAUGGGCAGUGUCAUGGAUGUGGAGCUUAUACUUGUGAGGAUGGUAGCAGGUAUCUUGGGGAGUUCAAGUGGGGAGUCAAGCAUGGCCUUGGCCACUACCAUUUCAGAAAUGGGGACAAAUAUGCUGGGGAGUACUUUGCCGACAAGAUGCAUGGUUUUGGGGUAUACCAUUUUGGUAAUCGACAGUGUUAUGAAGGAGCCUGGCAUGAGGGAAGAAGGCAAGGGCUUGGUAUGUACACGUUCAGAAAUGGUGAUACUCAAUCAGGACACUGGCAAAAUGGGAUUCUCAAUGUGUCAAGUAUUCAAGAAGCCUUACCUGGAUCUUCUUUCCCAAAUUACCAUUCCAAAAUUCUUAAUGCUGUGCAGGAGGCACAAGAAGUGGCUGAGAAAGCAGCUAAAAUCGUGAAGGUGGAUGAAAGGGUGAAUAAAGCCGUGGCAACAGCUAACAGAGCAGCCAAUGCAGCAAGAGUUGCAGCUGUAAAAGCUGUACAAAACCGAAUGCAUACCCACGAUAACAAUGAUGGGAUGCGAAUUCGGAUUGUUUGAUUGUACUGAUCGGGGGAAAUAUAAGAAUGCUGAAGUUCUCAAUUUUUAUCUGCUAGUUGUCAAGAUUCUCUUGAACUUGUUCUCUCUAGAGAGGUACCUGCUUGGAACCGCAUUCAGUUGAAGCAAAUGGCUGUCUGGGGAGCAGGAUGGGUUCCUCUUCUUUUUUUUUUUCUGUUUGCUUCAAUAAUAUGUAUAUAAUACAUAGAGCAUGGUUUGUGAGUUUUUGAAGUAUAGGGUUGAGGCGCUUGAGGUCAAAAUAUAUGUUUAUUAUACUUGUGCUGGCGGUCAUUGCUUAGUGCCUGUUUGGCUUAGUAGUGAAAUCUUUUUUGUUGUAAGAAUCACUAUGUAAAAACUACUUUUAUUAGAAUUACUUGUAAAUAAAAAACAGUAUCAUUUAGACAAA